AUGAAGAUUGAUCUUUUAAAUAUGGGCAAAGAAUUUAAGGAUAAACCAUGUAGUACAGAUUCAGAUUGUAGAUUCUCCGCUGUGGGGGAUUAUAAUUCUCUCUAUUGUGUUGAGAGUAAAUGUAGACCACUUAAAAAGCCAGGAUCUAGUUGCACAUCACCGUUUGAUUGUUCAUCUUAUAUGUUUUAUGGACCACUUGCAUGUUCCGAUAGUUGUAAGAAAGGAAAAGAGUGUCACAAUAGUGUAAUUGAAUAUACAAAAUUUUGCUGUAGAGGUAUUCCAAGGGAGAGGGACUGUGAUAUUACAAGACCUGGUGGAUUAAGUGGAUGUAAUACUAGUCAGAUAUGUGAGUUGGUGGGUGGUAAACCUAAGUGUGUUGAUAGAAGAGAAAAAUCAUGGUUGUUAGGAAUGAUUCUUUCAAUACUUGGAAAUAUUUUGAUAAACAUUGGAAUCAAUUUGAUGAAAAGAUCAUAUAAACAAGCUUAUUUAAACAUAGUCAUUUGCUAUAUGCCAACUAUGCUACUCGGUGAAAUGGUUUAUGCCUUAGGUAAAUUUUCAGGAUAUGCUUCAUACAUUUUUGGCAACCAGUCACUUUUAGCAGGACUCAGUGCAACUGGACUGGUGUCAAAUUCAAUAUUUGCUCCAAUUAUAAACGAUGAAAUAUUUACAUGGAAAGAUGGUGCAGCUAUUAUUCUUGUGUUCGUUGGUAGCACUUUUAUAGUUUCGAACACUAGCAGAACGCACACAAUUUAUACUUUGUGCGAGUUGUUAAAGAUGUAUUUUAGAAGAGCUACUGUUUUAUGGUUUGCUUUUAUUAUUUUAGUUAUAAUUAUUCUAUUUUUCUUUAUAAAGUAUAUUGAAGUUAAUAGUGAUUGGAGUUUAAUAGAUGAUCCAUUUCAAUUUAUGCAGACUAGUCAAUAUUUCGAAGCAGAUGGGAUUAUAUGCAAGUAUUUCAUGGUUGUGGCUUAUGUUGGAUUGAGUUCGUUUAUUGCUGCAUAUUCUACAUUAAGUGCUAAGAGUCUCGGUGAGAUUAUUGAUAAAACAUUGGGUGGUGACAACCAAUUUAAAUAUUUUAUUAGUUAUUUCUUUAUCAUCACCUUAACAAUGUGUACUAUUGGACAGAUAUAUUGGUUAAACAGGGCUUUAAAACAUUUUGAUGCGCUUCUUGUAAUACCUAUUUUUCAUAUUUUCUGGACAAUGUUAUCAAUUUUAACAGCAGGUAUUUAUUUUCAAGACUUUGACAAUUAUUCAUAUAAACAGUUACGAAACUUUAUUGUGGGUGUUUUUAUUAUAUUCUGUGGGUCUAUAUUUUUAGGAUUCAGAAUUGUUAACAAGAAUGCAGUUGAAUCACAUUUAUUAUAUAAUCAAAAUGAAAACAGGAACGAAUAA